ACGGCGCACUUGGUGUUUCAAAGUUGGUUGGCGGGUGAAAGCACAUGUUGCCACCUUGCGCCACCAACUCAAAUUUUAAAACCCAAACCAAUCAUACAAACACACGCCAAACAGUAAAUCAAUAAAACCACAUGUUCCCUAUUUUUUCAUUUUGUUUGUCACAUUCAAAUCCAGGAAAGUAAAUAUAUUUAUAUAUCGGACGGUUGAGAUUGAUUGCCCAUGGCAUCGGCGGCGUUGAACAUGAUCGAGCGGGCGCACCAGAUGUACCGGGAGGGACGGUACUCGGAGGCGCUAGGGUUUUACACGGAGGCCUUGGCGAUGGCCAAGACCAACCCCCAAAAGAUCGCUCUCCAUAGCAACCGAGCCGCUUGUUUUCUCAAACUCCACGAUUUCAACAAGGCAGCAGAAGAAUGUACCUCAGUGCUUGAGCUUGAUCACAAGCACACUGGAGCACUAAUGCUGCGGUCACAAACACUUGUCACCCUUAAGGAGUAUCACUCAGCGCUUUUUGAUGUCAACAGGCUCUUGGAUUUGAAUCCAUCAUCAGAAGUUUAUCAAAACCUUCAAGCUCGUUUGAGGACACAAUUGUCACUCGCUCCAAUACCUGAAUCCGAAGCAGAGCUAGAAGAAGAGGAAGAAGACAAAGAUGAAGCAGAACCAAAUAGAAAUGGAAAAGGGGAACAAUAUGAAGAUGUAGCAGAUAGUGAUGAGAAAGCUGAGCUUAGUGGGACUAAUAUCAAUGCUGAAGUUAUUGCACUUGAGAUGCGGAGCUCUGAGGAAUCAUAUAGACAAGAAAGAGAAAAAUCUGAGACUAAAAAGAUUUCUUCUACUACUGUGGUUGUUGCCCCUAAAAUGCAGAGCAAGAAGGAAUCGUUUGAACAAGAUCCUAAAGGAUGGCAAACAAUUCCAAAACCAAAGGGACAUACAACCCUUGAUUAUGCAAGGUGGGACAGAGUUGAGGACGAUUCUAGCGAAGAAGAAGAUGAUGAUGAUGACGAAGAGUCUCAGCCGCAGUAUAGGUUUCGUGUAAGAACCAUUGGUGUGCGACCAGUAAAGUGAAAAUGCCAUAAAUAUAGAAUACAGGUAUGGAUGACUGUUGUGAUCCCCAACAUCAGCACAGGAAAAAGUAAAAUCCUCACUGGGACAGCUAGAGGUGUUUGGGAACUCUCUGGUGGGUCCAUCAUGUACAAACUUUGAAAGUUAGGAAAAAUCAGCUUUGGCUGGUAGGCAAGCUUGAGAAUAGAAUGAAUGGAUGCAUGAGGUAUAUGAACAAGAGGAUUUUCAUUUCUGACACCUGGCUCAAGAAAAUUUCACUAUUGCGCAUGGUUUUUCCUGUUGUGCGGCAAUCAAGUGGAGAGACAGUACUAACCCUUGGAUCUGUACCGAUUGAUAACUGCAUCAAGCCGAGGUAUUUAAUGUUCCUGUAUGUUUGUAAUUCAUAUUUGGAAUAUUCAGUUGUUUCUUUUGCAACAGAGAAUGCUCUGGAAAGGAGGAGAUGCUCUGUGCUGAUUAGUGUCAGCACGACGAUUACCUUUGACUUCAAGUUCAUUCCAUGCGGCGCCAAUACGAUCUCACUUAUCAAUCAUAUAUUGAGGUCUAGCCCUGCCUAGUAUAUGAUUCAACCGUGCAUGUUAUAUGGCUGAAUUGUUUGGAAGUUUGGAUUCCAUGAGCUUGAUAAGCUAUUUAUAAUCUUAAUUGUAUCUUGCUCUUAGGCAUUGUAUAUAUGGCAUCAUAUUGAAUCUGAACAAAAUCCGACUUUUACAAAAGCAAAUUCAAAUGUAGCCCUCGGUUAAU